CACCCCAACUAUGACUUGUUGACAUUUUCAUUGUUCUUCUUCAGACAACACAACAGAAGAGAAUAAAAACCACCUCUUCUUCCCUAACACCAAAUUUUCUUUGGGGGAAGAGAGACUCAUAUGUGUAUCUAUUUGUAAUUAACAAGAAAGAGGGUAUCAGGGUUUUUGAUUUUCUUGAUGAAUUGAAACUUGAUCAUUCUACACUUGUUAAUUUCUGGAGGAAUUGGGGAAAAAAUUAAAAUGGAAUUGGUUGAUCAGUCUGAAUCUUCUCCUUUGGUUCCUCCUUCUGUGAUCACUGACACAAGUGAGAUCGAUCUUGAAGCUGGUUCUAGUGAACAGAUUCAGUGUAGGAUUUGUCUUGAGACUGAUGGUAGGGAUUUUAUUGCACCUUGCAAGUGUAAAGGUACAUCAAAGUUUGUUCAUCGGGAAUGCCUGGAUCAUUGGCGUGCAGUGAAAGAAGGAUUUGCUUUUUCCCAUUGCACAACUUGCAAAGCUCCCUAUUACUUGAGAGUUCAUGUUCCCACUGAUAGAAAGUGGCGAACUUUGAAGUUCCGAUUCUUUGUGACCAGAGACAUUUUGUUCAUCUUUCUCGCAGUUCAGCUUGUUAUAGCCUUGCUGGGAUAUUUAGUUUUCUUGAUUGACACCCACCAUAAGUCUUGGUUGCGUUUUACUUGGGGGUUUGAUAGCGAACUAAGCUUCUACUAUCUAUGCGGGGCACUUUUAUUUUUCGCUCUGCUAGGCUUAUCUGGUUGCUUCAUCACCUGUUAUGAUCGAAGAGUGCGCAAUGAUUUGGCUCAACCCUGCCGCGAAUUAUGCCUUUGCUGUUGUCAUCCUGGAAUGUGUGCAGACUGUCAUUUGCCUGGUACACUUUGUAUGUGGACUGAUUGCACAACAUGCUUUGAAAGUUGUGCUGGUGCGGCCAGUGAAUGUGGAGGUUGCUUAGGAGGUGCCGGUGAAGCUGGGUUGCCGCUAGUACUUAUAAUGGCUUUGAUUGUGCUAGGACUAUUUACCGUCAUCGGCAUAUUUUAUAGUGUUUUGGUUGCUACAAUGGUUGGACAGAGAAUAUGGCAGAGGCAUUACCAUAUACUUGCAAAAAGAAUGUUGACAAAGGAAUAUGUUGUGGAGGAUGUCGAUGGUGAGGUCAACGGAAAUGAUUGGUCUCCGCCAGCUCUGCCACCAGAGCAUGUUCAGCAGCUGAAAUCACUUGGACUUAUGUAAAAAAAUUGAGGAUUUUGACGUAAAGGAAACUCCAUACAACUGGGGCUCUCAUCAUGAGAUUUGGUAGUAUAAGCAGUUUGACCUGCAAGGCAUAGUAAGGUCUGUGUACAAUCGUACCCUCUCUGGACCCUCUAUGUGGGAUUACAUAGGGUAUGUUGUUGUAGUUAAACUUGCAAGAGAGAAGAUCCCUUUCAGCCCAAUAUUGUUCAUAUUUUGAGAAUGAUCACUUGUAAUUGUUAACAAAAUAGACCCCCCUUAACAAUCCAAAUGAAUUAACAGCUGCAAUUCUAGUUCUAGUAGUUCUCUAUUGUUAUAUCUGUUUGAUCUUUCCAAGUA